AUGGCCCCGCAGUGUGUAGCCGAUCCAGGUGCCUCUCCCAGCAAGAACUCGCACAUAUCACGCAAAUCCAACGCCUCGCAGACGGCUCAGCUCAAGGGCCUCAUUCCGAAUACCGUCGAUACAGCCACAGCCUCAGCAUUGCUCAGCGAGCUCUCUCGACCCUACGCCGACGCUGGAGAAUCAGGCUACAUCUAUGUGUUCUGGCUCACUCCCGCAUCUAGGCAAACGACUCCUCCCGUCGACGCCGCUCGCUCGCUCCUAACACCGCCAUCGCCCUCGCGCGGCUGCGCCCGCAGUGGGCAGCCCAGCGACGUGGAGUCCCAAUUCGCAGACCCGAGCGGCAGCCGCACUCCCACCAUUCUCCUCAAGAUUGGACGCGCAGCCAACCACCAGUGCGGCUACGACAUCGAGCUGCUGCGCUACUACGCCUAUCUGCCGGGCGCAAGCAACGCCUCCGCAACGGGGCAGGUUCCGCGCAUGACGCCUCACUGCCGCCGCGUCGAGCGCCUGAUACAUCUGGAGCUGGCGGGCAUGGGCCACCGCGCCAAUCUGGGCACCUGUGAGACGUGUGCACGGGACCAUCGUGAGUGGUUCGAGGUGGAGACGACGAGGAAUGGUAUCCGCAGAGUCUACGACGUGAUUCGGAGAUGGGUAGAGUGGGAUGAGGCGACGGCUUGA